UUUAUUUCUACCCAAAAACGAGCUGAAAUAAAACGAGUCCUACUGUCCUUCCACACAAUGCCUCCUCUCAGGUUCCCUUGUCUUCCCCAAACUCUCCCUUCUCUGUAGAAAAAAAAUAAAAAAGAAGAAAAAACGCACUCACACAUCAAAUACAUAUAUAUAACCUAUACAUACAGGUGAUAGAUAUGUACCGGAAAACGCAAUAUCCUCGCUGGCGACGAAGAGAUGGUCGGUCGGGACUACCUGAGAUAUUUCUGCGCUUUCAUCAUCCUCCUCUCAGUCGGGUUGCUAGCUUUAAAGUUCCAACUGACCGACCCGAUAAACCGGGAUACGAACAGUGAAAGACCCAUUUUGGUUCCCCUCAGGAGGCAACCUCCCGUCGGCGCCGAUCCGUCCAAAUCCUCAAGACCCGUCGACGCCCAAACGGUGCCGUUUCCUUAUUUUAGGGACCCGGAGUACGAAAACGGAUCUGGACUUGACCCGAAGAUAUGCAUCACAACUACUACUUCUGCUGGGCUAGAACAGAUUGUACCAUGGAUAUUCUAUCAUAAGAUUGUAGGGAUUUCGAACUUUUUUCUCUUUGUAGAAGGCCAAGCUGCAUUACCUGAAGUUUAUAGUGCUCUUAACUCGAUACCGGGAGUGAAACUUAUUAACAGGACACAAGAGUUUGUGAAGCAACAGUCGAGCAGCCGGAUAUGGAACGAGCCUUGGCUGACACCAUUCUUUAAUAAACCGUGCACCCAUGAACUGUUUGUGAGGCAGACAUUGAACAUGGAAAGCGCAAUUGACAUGGCAAGGAAAGCUGGCAUGGAUUGGAUAAUUCAUUUAGACACCGAUGAGCUGAUGCAUCCGGCUGGCACUCGAGAAUAUUCUGUCCGGAAAUUUCUAUCAGCCGUGCCUCGAGAUGUCGACACGGUGAUCUUUCCAAAUUAUGAGAGCGCUGUCGAGAGAGAAGAUGUUAAAGAACCGUUCACUGAGGUGACAAUGUUCAAGAAGAAUCUGAACCAUCUCCCGGGAGAAACAUAUCUUGUUAAUUCCAAAGAAGUUUACCAUGGUAACCCGUACUAUUUUCUAACUUACGGCAAUGGAAAAUCGGCUGCGCGCGUUCAAGAUCAUCUACGUCCGAGUGGUGCCCACAGAUGGGACAAUUAUAUGAAAACGCCUGUGUACUGUGAUUCUUCUCGUUAUCUGUUUCAAAUUAUGAGAGUUUUUGGGGAGCUUUAGCAAGCAAUUACCAAAAUAUAUAAAAAGAUUUCGUUUUUCCUUUCAUUUUUAACUGUUCUACGCGUUUCUUGUUUUACAUAGGGAGAUCGAGUCCACUCAGGCCGCUGUUUUGCACUACACUUAUGCAAAGUUCUCGGACCUUACUUCACGGCGCAAUCGGUGUGGCUGUGAGCCGACAGCACAAGGCACGGACAGAUGCUUCAUGUUAGAUUUCGAUAAAAAUGCUUUCUUGAUUGCUUCAAAGGGUACAGAGGAGGAAAUGCUGAAAUGGUAUCGUGAACAUGUAGUCUGGGCCGAUAAGGAGGUGAAUGAAGAUCUCUUGAAAAAAGGAAUCUUGACAAGAAUAUACACCCCAAAGCAUAUUAUCCAGGACUUGAGGGAAUCGGGAUAUUUCACCUCUUUCAUGACACCAGCUGAUGAUAACUAACACACACUUCAUUUCGAGUAGACAGUGGCUUAAAAUAGCUGUAUCUGGCAUUUGGAUGGAUUUGAAUCUAAGGCUGGAAAUUCCUGAUAAUUUAGUUGCUACAGCCUAUAGUCUUGCAUAUAGGACAGGGAUAAAUAUAAUUUUAUUUUGUCAUUUUAUUCAUUUUCGUUGUCUUUAAUACUGUUUCAGUUUGACAUAUGCAUUUGCGCACUGUUAAACUAAACAAGCCCCGUGCUCGGCUCAAGCUCGUCAGGCUCGGCUAAGCUCGUUUGAUAAACAAGCUGAGCUCAAACUCAUUUGGUUAACGAGUUGAGCUCAGCUCGACUAGAUAAGGCUCGAAAAUAUAAUUUUUAUGUAAUUUUCUAUGAUUCGGCUCGUUACAGCUCGAGAUCGACUUGUCGAACUCGGCUCCUUAUUAGUGAUAAACGAGUAGAGUUCAAGCUUGAUUUAGGCUCGUCUAUUUAACAGCUCGUUAAGGGCUCGAGCUCGA